CUACGCGAGGAAGGAUGCAGUUGCAGCCUCCCACGUUACCGUGAUAACCGUUCAUGACCGGACCCAUACUCUACAUAUAUCAUAGUUUUCGAAAGGGUCGGUGAGUCAGGAGUGCUGUGAUCCGUGGGGGUCGAAAGGAGUGAUUUUUAACGGUACAGACUCUGAUGAUGAUGAAGAUGAUGACGGUGAGGAUGAUCCUGCUUCCGUAAGCGCCUUUAAAUCAUGGUCUCGGCUAACAUAAGUGGGAGUCGGAAGAGGAGGUGUUGAUGAUAUGCGUUUUAUGUCGUUUUUUCCCUCUUAAUGAUGGUGGAUGCAUGGACUAUCCCCCUGCGCCGAUAGGGCUCCGGCUGACCGCAACCUGCCUGCCGAACACUCCGCCAGUAUCACUGCCUCUUCGUGCUGUACCGUGACCUUGGAUGUACAAAAGGGGUGUUUUGUUUACCGUGUCUCCCGUGGACAAGGCUUUGCCACUUGCGAACAUUACUAUAAUGUUCUUCUUGGUUCCGCGUUAAUGGAUGUUCUCUUGCGCCACAGUUCGCCCGCCUGCGCGCUGACAGUCACACGGCUAUAGCACUAUGGAAACGGGAGAACGAGAGCGAGGGCGCGUACACAGUGACAGAGGGGGAUACCCAGUGAUCCAACAUGGCCCCAGAGAUGUUAAUGACGUUGCUGAUCAGUGGUGGAUCCAUCGUCAGUGCCGAGGCAGUAUGGGAUCACGUGACCAUGGCUGACCGGGAGUUGGCCUUCAAGGCAGGCGACGUCAUCAAAGUGCUGGACGCGUCCAAUAAGGACUGGUGGUGGGGCCAGAUAGACAACGACGAGGGCUGGUUCCCGGCCAGCUUUGUCAGGGUGGAGACCCAUUCUCCUCAGUCCCAAACCAAACAGCUUUUUUAUAUCAACCCGAUCGCAGCUCCACGUCUCUCAAACACAUCUCCCAAGCUGUGGGUGAACCAGGACGAGAGCGGUGCUGUGGAGGCGGUGGAGGGCCCCAGCGAGGUGCACAAUGGCCACGUGGAGUCCAGCCCCAACCCCACCAGCGACUGCCUGUGUCUGGGCCAGCCCGUCCAGAACCGCGACCAGAUGAGGGCCAACGUCAUCAACGAGAUCAUGAGCACUGAGCGGCAUUACAUCAAACACCUGAAGGACAUCUGCGAGGGUUACCUGAGACACUGCAAAAAGCGAAGGGACAUGUUUAACGAGGACCAGCUCAAAAUGAUUUUUGGGAACGUGGAGGACAUCUACAGAUUCCAGCUGGGUUUCGUCAGAGACCUGGAGAAGCAGUUCAACACAGAUGAGCCCCAUCUCAGUGAAAUCGGACCAUGCUUUCUAGAACAUCAAGAUGGGUUUUGGAUUUACUCGGAGUACUGCAACAACCACGUGGACGCCUGCAUGGAGCUGGCUCGGCUGAUGCGGGACGCACGUUUCCAGCACUUCUUCGAAGCCUGUCGGCUGGAGCAGCAGAUGAUGGACGUUGCCAUCGAUGGCUUCCUGCUGUGCCCAGUGCAGAAGAUCUGUAAAUAUCCGCUGCAGCUGGCCGAGCUGCUCAAAUACACUGUCCAGGAUCACAGUGAUUACCGGUAUGUAGCGGCAGCACUCGCUGUGAUGAGGAACGUCACUCAGCAGAUUAACGAGCGGAAGCGUCGCCUGGAGAACAUCGACAAAAUCGCCCAAUGGCAGGCCUCGGUACUGGACUGGGAGGGCGAGGAUAUUUUAGAUCGCAGCUCGGAGCUGGUCUACACUGGGGAGUUGUCCUGGAUCUACCAGCCGUACGGGAGGAGUCAGACCCGAGUCUUCUUCCUGUUCGACCAUCAGCUGGUGCUGUGCAAAAAGGAUCUCAUUCGAAGAGACGUUUUGUACUACAAGGGGCGCAUAGACAUUGACCACUAUGAGGUGGUGGAUGCCCUUGACGGCCGUGACGAUGACUUUAACGUGAGUGUGAAGAGCGCCUUCAAGCUGCGCCACAGGGAGUGCGAGGACAUCCACCUCUUCAUCGCCAAAAAGCUGGAGGAGAAGAUUCGCUGGCUACGGGCCUUCCACGAGGAACGCAAGAUGGUGCAGGAGGAUGAAAAGAUUGGGUUCGAGAUUUCAGAGUAUCAGAAGAGACAGGCAGCUAUGACCGUUCGUCGAGUGACCAAACAGAAAGGUGCAGGUCGCUCAGGCUCAGGGCCCCCGGUGUACCCUCCUCCUAUUGACCCCAUGAACCUGAGCCCGUACCUGCUGCCCGACGGGCAGUGCCAGGCUGACGGCUACGAGUACGGGGAGCCCAAGAGGAGCACGUCGCCGUUCUGGCAGAACCUCAGCCGGCUCGCCCCCUUUAAGAAAUAAAACUCCCGCUCUUUAACCAGGGAGUAGCGGACAACCACAAAAAUAAGGACCGCUGUUUGUUUGUUUGUUUUUUUUUCUUCUUCUUCUUCUUCUGCUCCAAGAAAAAAAGCACUAUUCUUCAUCUAAUUUAUUCUUGAACUUUUUUUGAAAAGAGAACACCCAGGCUAAGUUGUGAGGGAAGGACCCAAACAAUGGCAGCUGUUUGGACCGAGGGAGAGUGGUUCCAGCGGGCUGCUGUAGUCAUGCCCAUUCCCACCGUAUGCAGACUUCUCACUUUUAUCAACACACCAGGCACCACACCACACACACAACACACACACAACGCACACACACCACACACACACCACACACACACCACACACACAACGCACACACCACACACACACCACACACCACACACACACACACCACACACACAACGCACACCAAAAUGCCACUGUUGUAGGCACACUUCAGGUGCUACGCCACGACAAAAAACCCCAAAACAAAACAGAACACAACAAAAAAACAAAAAAAAACAAAACAAGACAAGACAAGACAAGACAAGACAAGACAAGACAAAUCAAAACCACACCAACGUGGAUAGCACUAGAUGAUUAUUCUCAUAUAAUCUACAACCACACACAUAUCAUUAAUUUGAGCUUUUACAACAUCACAAACACAUGACCAUGCCAACGUCAUAUUAGAGGCAGCACCAACACAAAGCUGGCACUUUACCGAUGUUAUGAUAUGAACUCGACUCAUAUUGCAUCAUCAGGACAGCACAAGAUUUUACGGUUCCUGAUCAAAUAGUGAACAAAAAAAAACUGUCAUGGCUUAAAAGUACACUCUCAGCAUUAAGGCAAGCAAGACCAGUGGCACAGUAUGGAUGCUGCAAAUGGAACUACUCCUACCAUGUGCAGGCUGUCUGCAAGAAACCAAAAUCCUUUUUUAUCUCUGAAGGAUUUCACCAAACUAAAGGAUGCAUAUUAUUCUGUUUUCCUCACAAGAACAGUGGAAAUGAAAAAAAAAGGUUCACCGUUUAAAACCUGGAGAAGCCCUAACCAUUAAUCUGACAUGUGUGCCAAUCAGUCUGGAUGUGUCCUACAGUGCACUGUGACUUAACUGGGCAUUUUUUACCCAUCUCUGUCUCUCCACUGCUCUUUUUCUCUUCAAACAUUAUGUCUGUAAAAUGCUCUACAAAUCCUGAUCAAUCAAUCCCGCUAUUAUUUACUGUGGGUUAUCUUUAAUUGAAGUCUGCUGACUCUUCUGUUAUCUCUCUGCAUGAAAUGUUCAUUGCAGGUAUUCUUUGUGAAAUUAUAUUCUUACGGGUCAAAGACAUAAAAAAAGAACAGUACAAGUCACUGACAUUGUAUCACAGCUAAACAGAAUGCUGUUGACAGGGUAGUCAUAUCAUAAAAAGAGUAGGCUAUUUUAUGUUUUGGUUUAUGUAGGCCUAUGUAAUUUUGAAGCAGUUAUCCAAGCGUAUCAUUGCUCUGAACAUUAUGUUAUUAUGGAUUAGUAUGGUAUUUGCAGACUUUGAAUAGACUGUUCUCUGUUAAUGUUUCUGUGACCACUUUGAGUUCUACCAUCUGCAAUGAAAUGGACACUACAAACAUGGUGGAAAAAAAGAAUGCCGUGUCAUCUUUAAUACCCCUUAAAUGCACAUUCAUUUUUUUUGUCUAUUGUCAUCACAAUAACUACCCAGAAAGCAGGGAAUUCUGGGAUGGAUUUAGUCCUCCCGAGGCAUGGAUCUGGCUGGUUUGGUUGCUGCUGUCGGCACUGCAGGGCUUGCUGUGGACAUAUGGGGUUCUACAAACCUGGCAGACUCUUUGGUCAGUAUACGGUUCUAAAUAUGAUGACUGGACAAAGGCUGCUUCUUUCUUUGCCUCAUUAUUUGAAGUUUCCUGUUAAUUCUCCCAGGUCAGUAUCAUUAGGUAUUAUUUUCUUGACAGCAUUGCAGUUUUGCUAAUAAAAUCAUGCUAAUCUGAAUUAGCACAACAUGUUGGGGAUUCACACCAGUUAUAAGCGAGAUGUCACCUAAUCAUAUUGUAACGGAUAACUUUUGAACGUUAGUAUUUAGUUCAAUUAUUUAAAAACACAAUGUCUUUUGAGGUUAGAUUAUAUCUUCUGUUAUGGUGUGAUUUAAUUUAGCUAUUUUGACAUUCAUGUGAUGAACUAAAGAAAGUGUGGGUGGUUUCAGCUUCCAAAAAUCAGAUAGCCUAUAUGCUUUGAGGAAUAUGACCAUGGUUCAGAGAGAUAUCACAGAGUAAAUGAAAUGUGCCAUGUGCCAAAUGAAGCAAAAGUGUACUGUCAUGUUUUGAAAAGAAAUAUCAGUUAAAUGUUUUUUGACUUGGUGAUUUGAUUGACAUCCGGAUGUUUCAUUAUUUCAUAAUAAAUCUCGCUAUGGACACCA